AUGGCUCAAACCUCGACGCUAGUUUCAACUCAGUUGACAUUGACAUCAGAAUCCUUGCCAUUAUUUUCGACUGCCACACAAACAGUAUUAGCGACGCCUUCUGUGGUUUCGACAGUUGCUCAAAAUUCAUCUGGCGAGCCAGUUACGAUCCCAAUUGUGUUUAAUACCAAUUUUGACACCAAUCCAGAUGGUAUUAUCAGACAGGUUGAUUUUCUUCGACAGCGGUAUAUUUCUCCUGAGCCAGCGUCGUUUGUGAGUAAUUUGGUAUCUGCGAUAAGUAGUGUAUUUGUAAAAGCACCACCGCCUGUACCAAUUAGCAACACAGCAGAUGCACAGUACUUUGGCGUCGUUCAGUUGGGAACACCACCACAAAGUUUCAAGGUUUUAUUUGAUACGGGAUCAGCCAAUUUAUGGGUUCCAUCUACUCGUUGUACAGAUGCACCAUGUAUGAACCAUGCCAGAUAUGACUUUACUCGAUCGUCUACAUUUACUCCAAACAACUCUCCGUUUGCGAUCCAGUAUGGACUAGGAUCGGUUACCGGAGUGAUUUCAUCAGACACAUUGCAGUUUGCAGGAAUCAAUAUACCUAAUCAACAGUUUGCAGAAGCUGUGACAGAGCCAGGAAAUACAUUCUUGACAUCGUCCUUUGAUGGUGUCCUUGGACUAGGAUUUACAGCGAUUUCCAUCAACAAUAUUCCAACACCGAUGGAUAAUAUGAUAGCUCGUGGACUGAUUCCAGCAGGAAUUUUUGGAUUCUUUCUUACACGAGGAGGGGUAUCAGGAUCAUCGCUCACAUUAGGAGGGAUUGACACAACUCAUGUGAAUGGGGCGAUUACCUGGAUUCCAGUUGUGCGCAAAGCAUAUUGGGAAGUGGUGAUGGAUUCUGUAACACUUGGAAAAACGACUUUGGCAACUGGAUCUCAUGCAGUGUUUGAUUCAGGUACAUCACUGAUUGCAAUUCCCACAGUACAUGCAAACCAGAUUCACCAACAGCUUGGAGCAAUACCAUUUACCAAUGGAUUGCAGUUAAUACCGUGCAGUGGAUUACCACCGAUUACAUUCGCAUUGAAUGGUGUAGCAUUUACAUUACGCAACGAAGACUAUGUGCUGCCCUUUGGGUUUGGAUAUUGCGUGUCGGUAUUUGUUGGACUAGAUAUGAACAACUUUUGGAUUCUGGGAGAUUCAUUUCUCAAGUUUUACUACACUAUUUUUGAUGUAGAUAAUGGUCGGGUUGGUAUUGCCAACUCCAAGUGAACUGAGUCGAGUUUGAUAUUUUCUACAGUGACAUAUUCAUGCUUUUACGAUUGUAUAAAUUGAAAAGCUACUUUUGAUCAAGUCCAAUGACUGAACAUUAGUAGCAGAUUCACUUUUAUAUUUUUAUCCAACAACUAUUUUUAUCAAGCCAUUCAUUGAUUUUGCUAGUGCAAUAAAUUUAAACCAUUG